AUGUCCCAGGCGCCGGAGCUUGAAGAGAACCAGCCUUUUGAGAUGAAAGAGGUGACAUACUCAACAGAGACUCUAGAGAUGACGAUGAAGGAGACGCCACCAUUCACCGAAGGAGAAAAGAUUGACGAACUAUUGAAGAAACCCACAUACCUCGUAAUGAAGCAUGACAAGAGGCGAACCCUAUGGCAGUAUUACAAGAACGAUGCAAACCACGAAGACACAAGGGAGAUGCUAGAAAUCAGCCAAACGGCACCCUACCUGCAUUUGCUUGUCACCACAUCGACCGACUUGAGGGCAUUGGUAAGAACAAAAUACGACGCUAAAGAGUGGCUGGCCUUUCUCGCUACGACACACGUUCCAGUAUUUCCAUGGGAACACUCCAUGUAUUUACUAAUCCGUCAAGCACUAAGAUCGUGUGGCAUUCGACCUAAGGGAGCUCUUGCAGGACUUAUCAAAACGAAAAAGAGGAGCGAUAGCUUUGCGCGAGAGAAGGAUAUGGACUUCUGUCCAUUGCCUUUCGACGAGUUCUAUAUCGAUGAUAUCGAAUUAGCAGCAAAGUGGUUCCACCUCACGCCCAUCCCUCAUCCAAUGACUGCAGACGGCUUCGACGACAAGGUGAUGAGCGCCCAUGGAAUACUGGAACAAGUCAGGGCACUGCCUAAAGUGAACACUGAAGAGCUUCUCAAAAAGGCCAUAUACGCAAAGGCCACUAUGGGAAGAAGGGAUCACUUCUGUCAAGCACUAAUCGCCAGCAACAGGGUAGCAUUUGAAAUGACAUGGGCCAGUUGUUUGGAACAUCUGGGUCUUCUUGACUUGAACAAAAAGGUGAAUUAUUUGUCCGAUCUACUGGAGACAUUGAUUAACGCAUCUGCAGGAUACAAGAGCCACAACAGCACAGCUUAA